CUCUCUCUCUCUCUCUCUUCACUGGGUUUGAACUUUGAAGAGCGGAGACCAAUGGUGGAAACUUCCCCUCCAAACCCUAAUUCCCUGCAACAACCAUUAAUACAACCAGAAGCAGCGUCAGGUGUACCAUCGCCACCACCACCUCCACCUCAAAGCUCAAGCCCUCGAUUCUCUUUCCCGCGUCCGGCCUUAAGACUGACCUCUGAGUUCGACAGUGAUAGUUCCAUCUUCCUUCACAAGGUCACAUGCAAGCUCUUCGAUAAUCUCGCCAAGCUCAAGCUUUCCUUCCAGAACAACCACAAGGGUGAGGUUUCUGAUCCUCAGCUGCAUUUGGUAACCAAGUACCUCUCUCUUGAUUACGAUCUCGAAGAGCACAAUGCAUUGGUCAAGGGUUCUUUCGACGUCGGUGGCAGAUUGCAGUUUAAAGCUGUUCAAGAUGUCAAGGCACAACAAGGGGAGGUGGCAAUGAUUACAAGCCUCGCUGAUCCUUCCUAUAAACUCGAAUUGUCUUCUGCUGUUCCAUCUAUUGGUUUGCCAAAAGCAACCUUUAGAUUCCCACUUGGUGAAGUUUCAUUGGAAGAAAAAGACGAGGAAGUUAAGAGAGUGUUGUCAAUAAAUGGGAUUCUGAAGGGUCAACUUUUGAAUGGGGCUUGCACUGCUCGGUACAAAGAUGAUGAUUUGAAUCUGCGAUACUCCUACAAGGAUGAGGAGAUGUCAUUCAUCCCAAGCUUUUCACUGCCAUCAAAUGUGGCUUCUUUUGCCUUCAAGCGGCGGUUUGGUCCUUCAGACAAGUUGAGCUACUGGUACAAUUUUGAUUCCAAUUACUGGAGUACGGUAUAUAAGCAUACAGUUGGGAAGGACCUCAAGUUUAAGGCUGGCUAUGAUUCAGAGGUCCGACUUGGUUGGGCAUCUCUAUGGGUUGGAGAUGAAGAGGGCAAAGUAACAUUGGCCCCAAUGAAGAUGAAAGUCCAGUUCAUGCUCCAAGUCCCUCAAGAUGACAUUGGAUCAUCAGCCCUCAUGUUCCGGGUAAAGAAGAGGUGGGAAUUUUAGAACUUAGCAUUGGUGAACCAUUAUUUAUGUUCUUACUCUUCAGUUUUCAGUUCAGAAAAGCAAGAUAGCCUGUUGUACUGAUGUUCAUU